UUUGUUUGCACAUAUGAAUCUUCACGACAGCUCUACACGCAACUCAAAGAACACUCAUCACCAGAGGCUCUGAAAUAAUCACACAGUGUUAAUUCCAAUUUCAGGCCUGUUUUCAAUAUUCCAGGAUCACAAUCGCCAGAUUACUUUACAAGGUCGCGGGGUGAUCUCCCUUAGGAAGUCAUGACGUUUCGCUUUCGUUUUCCAUCCUUGAUGAGAGAAGCUGCAGCUGAGUUCGCUGCUACCUUCAUCUUACUGACUUUUGGAAUUGGAUCAGUGGCGCAGAUGGUUCUCAGUAAGGGGAAGUUUGGAACUUUCUUCUCUGUCAACUUUGGUUGGGGAAUUGGUGUAACGCUUGGCUGCUACUGGGCCGGUGGGAUUUCAGGAGCUCACAUGAACCCCGCGGUCACAUUGGCCUUUGCCGUCGUCGGGAGACUUCCAUGGAAGAAGGUUCCCGUAUAUUGGAUGGCACAGAUGUUGGGAGCCUUCGUCGCUUCGGCUUGUGUUUAUGGAGUUUAUUAUGAUGCAUUGAAUGCGUUUGAUGGAGGAGUACGACAGAUAUUGGGUGAUAGUGGAACUGCAGGGAUCUGGGCAACCUAUCCCCAGUCUUUCUUGUCUACAUGGAAUGGACUAGGAGACCAGGUGUUUGCCACAGCCCUGUUGGUCGGGUGCGUCUUCGCCAUCGUCGAUAAGAACAAUAAUGCUCCCGACCAAGGCGUGGCACCAGUCAUGAUAGGUCUGCUCGUAUUUGUGAUCGGCGCCACUUUCGGGUUCAAUUGUGGUUACGCUAUCAAUCCUGCGAGGGAUCUGGGACCAAGGUUAUUUACAGCAGUGGCUGGAUGGGGCAGUGGAGUAUUCACUGCGGCUAACAAUUGGUCGUGGGUUCCAGUCGUGGGAUGCAUGUUGGGCGGAGUCCUGGGCGCCCUGGUAUACAUUGUUCUUAUCGAAAUACACCACGUUCCAGGAGAUGAUGGGGAGACUGGUUACGAACUUCAGUCAGUCUUUUCAACUAAUCCCGAGUCUACAAGGUCUAGGACUCAAGAAAAUGGUCUGGGUAUGGGAAACAUGGCCUUUACUGAGGAUGGUAUGCGUCAACUUACUUGCCAGGGACCUACGAUGAGUGUGGUUGAAAAGACAUCUCAACUGUAACUUUUUGAUGAGUUGUUGCUGUGUAUUUAACGUGACCGCUUCAGAUUCGAAAAAAAAAAAAAGAAAUUAUUUUGGCUUUUGUAAUUGUGUAUUCUUACUCUGCAUCUUGGCUUUGCAUUCGAUUAAUGAAGUUGAUAGAGCCGCUGCAUGCAAAGAGUACAUUCCAGUGAUUUUUAAAAUGAAAUCAUGGCACUCGAUGUUCCGACUAAGUCACGCUUCAGGGAAUUUUUAGUUAUGACAUAUAUCAUGCUUUUAAAAGACGUUUAUAACUAAUUAAUUAGAAUUUUCUAGAAAUGAAAGAAGUGCCUCGCAAUUUUUUGAAGAAAAAAAAUCAACUUAACAAAUCGUUGCGAUCUACUGCUUUUUUUAAUAAAUCUUCCAGCGCUGCAUUGUUUGAUCUGUUGUUUAUCGACUGAAAACGUCACAGGAAAAAAAAAGAGAAGCCUUUCCUCCCUACGCUGUGUAUGCGGAAAUAUUUGCAAAAGACUUUAACCAGAUUUUCAUUUCUUUAGGUUUAGAAUUGGGCUCGUAGCCUUUUUACUUUUUUCGCCAUUUUUCCCUACUAUAGUUUGGGUUCGGACCGAUGGACUUGACAGGAAUGUUUGAAGAGAAGAAAGCCCUAUGAAAAGGGAGCUUUGUUUUACACUGUAACUUUAC